AAAAAUAUACACAUUAGUAUAGCUACAUUUUGACUUUCUUCAGAUUAUAGAGCAAUUGAUAUGUGCUUUUUGUUUGUUAUUUUUUAGUUAAAAUGUCAACCUUUUUUAAGAAAACAAAACACUCCUAUCAACCAAUACCAGAAGAUGGAAAAAUUGUGACGCAAUCAUUUUUAGAUGCAUGUAGUGAGAUUGUACCUUUUUUUGACGUCUUAGGAUCAACUGCAUUUGCACCAGUGAAAUCCGAUAUUAAUGGAAAUAUUGCUAAACUCCGAAAGAAGUUAGCCACCAAUCCAGAAAAGUUCGUCACACUUCAAGAUAUUGUAAAUAGUGAAAUUGAAGAAAAAAGCACUAAGGCGAAAAAUUCUGCUACGGACGCUUUACUGUGGCUGAAAAGGGCUCUGACAUUCAUUCGGACCUUUCUGGAGGAUGUGUUAACAGGCGAACAAGAUUUGACGAAGUGUGCCAAAAAGGCUUACGAGCAAUCUUUGAAGAAAUAUCAUGGCUGGAUGGUUCAAGGCAUAUUUUCAUUGGCUAUGAAGGCUGUACCUUAUCGAAAAGAUUUCAUAAAAGCUCUUGGUCCCGAAACGACAGAAGAGGAAGUACUAGCCGAUAUGAAAGAAGUGGUCGAAAUGAUGGCUCUUAACAUUGACAAUAUCAAUGCGUUUUAUGUGCAAACUGGUCAAGAAAGCGACCAGAAAGUGUAAACAACGUUUUUCAAUUAGCUUUAUGUGUAUCAAUAUAAUUGUGGGUAGUUAGGUAUUACAUAUUGAAGGUGUGUUAGCUAUUGCCAUUUUUAAAUUUUUAUUUAGCGAAGGUUGAUACAGCACUAGUUAUUCAGGAAUAAUAAAAAACCUGUUAUCAAUAUGCGUCCUGUAAUAAUAUAAAUGUUUUAGUAAAAAAUAUUAAACUUGUCAACCAUAAAAACAAGAAAAGGCAAUCCAGAGGUACAAAAUUGCGUGAGAUCUAGAGUGAAUUUAAGUUUUAAAUUUCGUAUUCAGGUUUGCCACACCUUCUUUAAAGUUCUCUGAUUUCCUCAAGUUUUAGUUUCACCAAAUGGCUUGUCGUUUUUAUUUGUCAUAUUUUAAAUUACUCCAUGGUUAGAUCAAUAAUCUAUUCUUCGCGCAUGUUACAUUAAAAUUUCCGUAAAUUUUCUUAAAUUCUUUGGAAAAGUCGUUAGCCCGUGGAAAAAUCCACGGGUUCGCCCGUCGCGGCUAAGCUACCAUUUUGCGUGACAGACAGACGGACGGACAGACGUAUACGGGCAUAUAAUAUAGAUAUAUGGAAAUACUUUCAAGUCUCCUCAGUCUCCUUAAACCCGUCAUCUUAAAAGAAGUUUAGAAUUCUCAUUAGACGUUCUUAAAUCUUUUUAAAAACGACUUUGUGAAUUCUGUUUUCUGUAGAAUCUUUUUUCUUCCUCCAAUUCGAAUCCUUCUUAAUUUUGUGUUAGAAAGUAAAAGUGUAGCAUUUUUUUGGUAAUUUAUUUAUAUAAAUUAUUUUAAUAAGUAAUUUUAAUAGGUGUUUUUUAGGUGAAAUAUUCUAAAUGAUGGAUUUUGGCCAAAAUUUUCGCAACUUUCUAAUUUCGCGAACGUUAAAGAAGUUUUAAAUGGUUAAUGGUUAAAUGCUUUUGCUCAUGAGAAUUUGCCAUUUUUCGAAUAAAAUUCUAUUUUUUUAAUUUUGCGAAUCGUCCAAUCUAUGUGUAAAAACUUUGUUAUCUAGCUUCGAUUGAAGUAUAAGAUUGGAAGUGUUGGAAUUAUAAAAUUUUAAGCUAGCACUUGUAUGCGUGUGAAUAAAUCUUACGUGUACACAAUAUAUGGUUUAACCAAAGCUAGGCCUAAUAUUCAAA